AACGAACGUAUUGAGGAGGAAACUUUGCGCACCAUCCUGGCCUCACACCCUUUAUUGCUAGGCUUGGGGAACAGGUAAAACCAGCAGGGUCUGGGCAGGAACCCAGCCUUUAAGCCACUGUGCAGGAAGGGAUGGGCAACUCACAGUGUGACACAAGUCCAAUCACUGACAGGCAAACUGCAGAUGGAAAGGUGGAGCUUAGCACUGAAACAGGGUGUGGUCCUGAAACCAGCAAGGUCUGUAGUAGUGGCCUUGGGUUUAAAUUGACUUGAAUUACUUCAUUCUCGUAGUCAUCAUAGCUGGCCUCUCUCACUUCCACUCAUCACCCUCUUACUUUCUGUCCAUCUUCACACAUCUUUCCUAUCUAUCUUUUCUAUGAGAGUUCCCGCGCCGGUUGGAUUUUCAGUGAAACCUUUGAGGACAGCAGCUGGACAACAGCCUCCCACGGCAUAGCUGCUGUGUAUGUAUCUGGUCUCCACUUUAUCACCCACACUGGUGCUGCUGAUCUCUGGGAUCUUCAGGGUUGGCUGUGCAGGAGGCAGGGCUGAGGAGUGGUGCUCAGCAGGAGUUUGAUAAGAGCAAAAAAAGCCAUUUGUCACAAUGCUGUCGGAAGCCCUGUCACACGUUUUAAAAAUGCAUAGUUAUCUACAAUCCAGAACUGAUGUCCGAAUCAGAGACUACCCUCUGAUGCGGGGCCCUGAAGAGAUGACCACCAUCCUUUUGGCCUAUGUCUUCUUCUCCGUGUAUGUUGGGCCCCGUUUUAUGGUGAACCGCAAACCAUACAGCUUAAAGAAAGCCAUGGUCGUCUACAACCUAAGCAUGGUGUUGCUAAAUGCCUACAUAGUCUAUGAAUUCUUGGCUGCUGGAUGGGCCACGACCUAUACAUGGAGAUGUGACCUCGCUGAUACUGCCAGCAGCCCUAUGACUUUUAGGAUGAUACGAGCCUCUUGGCUUUUUUAUAUUUCAAAAUUCAUCGAACUCCUAGACACGGUCUUUUUUGUGCUGAGGAAGAAACAAAGCCAGAUCACAUUUCUCCAUGUAUUCCAUCACUCGGUCAUGCCCUGGUCGUGGUGGUGGGGCAUCACUCUGACUCCUGCUGCCGGCAUGGGCUGCUUCCAUGCCAUGGUGAAUUCAGGAGUGCAUGUUAUCAUGUACUUCUACUAUGGACUCUCUGCUGCAGGACCUCGCUUCCAGAAAUACCUGUGGUGGAAGAAGUACAUGACUGCCAUCCAGCUGACGCAGUUUAUCAUGAUUUCCGUUCACAUCAGUCAGUACUACUUCAUGGAGAAGUGUGACUACCAAGUUCCCAUGUGGAUCCAUUUGAUCUUGAUGUACGGCGUCUUCUUCUUUCUACUUUUCUCCCACUUCUGGGUGCAGGCCUACAUCAAGGGCAAUCGACUUCCUGUGCCAAAAAGCACCCCAAAACUGAACGGCUCUGCAGGUGAACCAAUGACUGCAGUGGCCAAUGGCAAGCACCUGGAGAAUGGAAAUGCUUCCCAUCAUAGCAAUGGCAAAAUCCUCAUGGGCAAAGUAAAGGAGGUCUAAUGUGGUGACUGGAAAUGAGGAGGAACAAGGCCGCUCUAUAAAGACCACCUUGAAUUUGUCCUUUUGUGAUUCAUAUCCAGUAGUGGAUUGGAGUGACACACAUUCCGAUAUACUACUUCUAAACUUUUGUAAUUUUUAUAUAAAUCUCAUGCUUUUUGAAACUAUAUGCACACCUCUUGGGAUAUGAAUGCCUUACUGGUGACAUUGUGAUUGUUAGUUGUGAGUAAUCAUUAACUCUGACACUCACUGAAUGUUGAGCUGGUGCACAUUUUGUCACUGAUUAGUGUUCUUCAACUCAAGCUUGAGGCCACGCGAGCUUGACCUACACUGUUUGGCCGGCAUGACCCUGUUUGUUUGGACGUUUUGCACCGUUUCCACUGAAGGCUAGCACAUGAUGUAAAUAACUGCUCAAAAGUUUGUCAAAAUUAGGUUUUCAUUGUAAAUGUGAAUGUUGCUGUUCUCCCCACCCCCACCCCCAC